UGUUCAACAUACCCUUUUGCUGCAGUUGCAUUUUACCGCUUGGUAUCUCGAAGUUGUCUUAGGCUAGGUGAUCAGAGGCCAAAAAUAUACGAAUAGCUAGACCUCUUCGGCCCCCAGAAAUAUGGUUUCUGAUGCGUCCGCGAAGGAUUCCAACCGCAUUUGCAUCCCCGUCAUAUCCCGCUUAUCCCGCUUCCCCUCUCGCUCACGUGGCAAAUACCGGCUCAUCUAUUCCAGAAACAGGUCCCGUCCCGCUCCCGUUGCCUUAGUUAUAAGGUUCAAAUCAGCUAGUAAAUAGUCUAUAUGAACACCGGCUUGCCUCUCGCAUCUUCAAAUCCACAUCUCUUUCUCCUCCAUCUCACCCGGCUAUGAUGCGUCUCCUCCAUGUACUUGCCACCCUCUCAAUAGCCUCAAUAUGUGCCUGUAUGAACGAAACAUAUGACUACAUAAUCCUCGGAGGCGGCACUGCUGGCCUUGCACUCGCAAAUCGUUUAUCUGCAGACUGCAGUAUACGCGUCGCUGUCAUCGAAGCAGGCGGUUCAGUCUACGACGACGCGCGCGUGAAGAAUGUGAGUGCGUUCGGGCUUGCGCAGAACACGGAGCUGGACUGGCUCUAUGCAGCACUACCGGACGAAGACGGACGUGUGCUGAAUUACAGCGCUGGAAGGGCGCUUGGUGGCGAAGAGAUCACUUUGGUGGAGAUUGGGAACGGGUUAUCAUGGGGGUUGUGUGUGUUGUUGUUCAGGAGGGAACUUGGAAGAGUGAUUUCGCUUCUGACGAGUGUAGGCAUGACAUAUAUUCGUGCCGAAUCUGUUCAAAUCGACGCCUGGGAGACGGUCGGAAACACCGGCUGGACAUGGUCAUCGCUGCUCCCGUUCUAUAAGAAAUCAGAAACAUUUACACGCCCCGACGCCGUGCGUGAGGCUAAAGGUGCGACGUACGUCGAAGCUGUGCAUGGGAAGGAUGGCAACGUAGGUGUGGGCUGGAGCUCGUAUCUUAUGGGACAGAAUGUAAGUGGGAUUCUACGCGCGACGAAUGAGGCGCUAGGGUGGCCGUUCAAUGAGGAUCCGAACGACGGGACGGUCAGGGGGUUCAGCACAUGGCCGCAGACGCUGAACGCGGAGACUGAUAUACGAUCCGAUGCUGCUAGGGCGUAUUACUGGGGUAAGGCGGAGACGAGGGAGAAUCUACACGUCUUCACUCGUACGCAAGCACUACGGAUCCUCUGGGGCCCAUCUCCAUCAUCUACUGGUAACAACACAACUCAUCCGCGCGCCAUCGGCGUGGAAAUCCUCACUCCCUCAAACGCUACCUCAUCCAUACACCUCAGCCCCAGCCCCCUCUCCGAACUCAUCAUCUCCCUCGGCUCCCUCCGCAGUCCACUUCUCCUCGAACACUCCGGCAUAGGCCACCCGUCCGUCCUCGCCGCGCACUCCAUCCCGCUCGUCCACGCCUUACCCGGCGUCGGCAUGCACAUGCAAGACCAACCCAACAACGCCUUCGUCUACGAAAGCAAAGUCCCCUGGACCGGAUACCCAACCUUCGCCACCAUGGCCACCGCCCCAGACAUCCUGCGCUCCGCCACCCACGCCUUCGAAGCAACCCUCACUGCUCACAUCCCCGACAUGGCCGCACACAUCGCACGCACCAGCCUGUACGCCACCAGCCCCGCAGCCCAGGACUCCCUCCUCCGCGUCCAAGCUGCCCUGCUCUUCAACUCCAGCACCCCCGCCGCAGAACUCCUCUGGGCCCCCUUCGGCCCCCAAGUCAUCCUUGCUUUCUGGCCGCUGCUGCCUUUCGCUCGCGGCAGCGUACAUGUUGCUAGUAAUGACCCGCUGGAUGCGCCUGCCAUCACGCCUAAUAUGUGGAUGUUCGAGUACGACGUCGCCAUGGCCGUGGCGCUUGCAAAGGCCGUGCGUGCCGCAUAUGCCACGCCGCCGCUGAGCGGGUAUGUAGGUGCAGAAUUGGUGCCCGGGCUGGAUGCUGUGCCGGCGGAUGCGAGUGAUGCGGUGUGGGCGGGGUGGAUCAAGGCGUCGUAUGGGAGUAAUAAUCAUCCGGUUGGGACGUGUGCUAUGCUGCCGCUUGAGCGGGGCGGGGUGGUGGAUGGGGAGGGGAGGGUGUAUGGGGUGCGUGGGGUGAGGGUUGUGGAUGCGAGUGUGAUGGGGCAGGUUAGUGGGCAUUUGAGUGCGACGGUGUAUGCUGUUGCGGAGAGGAUUGCGAGUUUGAUUCUGGAGGGACGAGGGGGGUAA